GCAGGAGGAGCAGCAGGAGAGGAAGCUACCGCGGCCACUAAAGACACAAAAAACGCAAAAGGUACCGAUAUAACACACAAGGAACUAACUGUGUCCAUACCACGAUUCGUUAAAAACGACAAAGGCGACUGGGUGGUCACCCUUUGGGGCAUUACCUGGGGCAAAGCUUACCACGAUACUCGAUUUAACAUGAACCACCGUUUCACAAUUCUACGGCAACAGAUAGAGAAGAAUAUGGUUACAGAUUAUUAUCCAAGCUUUACGAGCCUGAGCACCGUCUGUGUUGGACGCAGCACAAUCUACAAUUUGCCCAAGGUCGUCGACUACCUUCAGAGAUUGGUCUACACCGAUGUGCACCAACAUCGGCCCGUUUGGACAGCGCUCAGGCGACAGAUGUUUCUGCAGGGCAACAGCGAUGAGUGCCAUUUGCCAGAUAUGAUCAGAUGGCAUGACUAUAUGGAUUGUGCCCUGCGGCGCAAUCAGAGAAUGGAGUACCUAAUUCCAAAGUAUCCGCUGCAUCAAGUUGGCGUCAAACAAGCUACCACCGAGGCAAUCAGGCGCCGUUCUUAGACAGACCAGAAAUGCAUCUCAAUAUGUGUUAUGCUUAUGCUUAUUUCCUUGACUACAGUGAGCAUUCGAUAUGCGCGCCUACCACAAUGUAAUCUUAUCUAAUAACAAAACGUUC